AUAAACCCACCGCCCACACCAUCAUCAUGCCUAACCAAGUUUAGGCCCUAACCAAAGCAUCCUCCCGUCCCCUCUCACACGAGAGCCCCAAAGCUAGAAGAGGAGGAAGGAUACCGCCAUGGGGAGAGCUCCGUGCUGCGACAAGGCGAGCGUGAAGAAGGGCCCAUGGUCACCGGAGGAGGACGCCACACUCAAGUCCUACAUCGAGCAGAACGGCACCGGCGGCAACUGGAUCGCGCUGCCACAGAAGAUUGGUCUGAGGAGGUGUGGAAAGAGCUGCCGCCUCCGGUGGCUCAAUUACCUCCGGCCGAACAUAAGGCACGGUGGAUUCUCAGACGAGGAGGACAGGAUCAUCCUCAGCCUCUACAUCAGCAUAGGCAGCAGGUGGUCGAUAAUAGCUGCACAGCUGCCGGGGAGGACGGACAAUGACAUCAAGAACUACUGGAACACAAGGCUCAAGAAGAAGCUCUUCGGCAAACAGUCGCGCAAGGACCAGAGGCAGCACCAGUUCGCACGCCAGGCAACGAACAGCGGGCAUAAGGAAGAAGCCAGCGAGGGCGCAGCCGGGAACAAUGGCUUUGCUGCUGGUGCUUACAAUUGGCACCAGCAUGCAAUGGCCAUGCCGUCCCGUCCGAUGCCAGGUUCAAUGGUGGAAGGCAAUCGUAUCGGAGAAGGCGUGGAUGAGUCCAUCCGGAAGCUUCUGUUCAAGCUAGGAGGAAGCUCUUUCGCUGCCCUGCAAGCCCCGCCGUGCCUUCCUCCACCAAUGUAUGGGGAAGCUCCAAACUUCGUGGCGCCAUCGGUGCACACGGCCCCGCUAAACGAAGGUGGCAUCCACUGUUCCGGCGUGCUGCCUGCACUGGAGCUGGACGAGAGCUUCCAAUUCAACCAGGUCAAGCUGGACGGGCUGGAAUGCUUCUUCGGCAUGGGGGACCAGAGCAUGAGGUGGAAUGAAGUGAGCCCCUUGGUCUGCCCUAACACUACUGUCGCAUCCAGCUCCCAAGGGAUGCAGCAGUACUGCCUCGCAGAGGAGCCCGUCGACCUUGGGAUGCAGUAGCGAACUAGCUAUUGGUGUUUGUUCUCAUGUACAUGCAUGAUUGUGGAUUUUGUGGUGUAAAUUUGUAGCAUUCAUGGGGAAUGGUGAAAGAUGAUGAGAGCUCUGAAUUAAGAACAAUAAUGUCUCUCACCACUCCUAGAUGAGAGAUGCCUUGUUUUCAGGCAUCUCUAUGUGAGUCUUGUAUUGAAAUGUUUUUUUCCCACUACCAGGUUACUGCCUUACAGAAACAUUUACAGUUUUAGAUUGUACUUGUUGCUAUGUUA